GCUGGGGUUGCUUGACUCUCAAUUCACCUGUGUGCAUUUUCAGCUAUUUGCUAAUACCAAGUCUAUCUGUCUGUCUGUCUGCCAGUAUGCUGGUUUGUGCGAUCCUGCAGACCUCACUGGUCCUGUGGCUGGUACAGAGCACCAUACAAGGAGGAGUUAGGCCACAGACUGGAGCUCUGGGAAGAUUGGCGAGUCGAGGUCCUGGUGUCGGUGUAAAGUCUGGAGGUCCAGUGGCUGGUAUCCUCGGAGCCCGUGGCUAUGGGGCAGGCAAGCCAGGAAAAACAGCUGGUCGUUAUCUUGGAGGGAUGGCAUACAGACCCACUGCAAUCAGAGGAGGCCUGAAACAAGGAUAUGGAACACUCGGAGGUUAUGGAGGAGCUGCAAACCUUGGGACUGGCCUCGGGACUGGCCUUGGGACUGCUGGGCUGGGACUCGGCACAGGGUAUGGCCUAGGCAAUGGGCUGGGAGCAGCUUUAGGUUAUCCAGCAGGGAACCUCGGAGGAAGAGGUUACACCAGUAACGGCUAUGGAGCACAGCUAGGCUAUGGGGCAGGAGGAUACCCCGCCGCUGGACGCGGAUAUGGUGUACCAGCUGGCACACCCACAGGGCAAGGCUCAAAACCAUCAAAACUGGGUGUUGGGCCUAGAGCUGGCCAGCCCGUGUCACAGAGAGAGAGGGGCAAUGGUUACAGUCGCGGAGGGGUCCCUAAUGGACAGGGUGCUAUAGCCAAUGGUUUCCCCUCAGGACCAGGAGUGACCAAUGGAAUGAGAGCUCAAAUUAAGGGCUAUGGUCCAGCAGCAGAUAUGAAUAAUGGACGAGGAAUUAUUAACAAUGGACCAGUUUUGCCUAAUGGACAGGGCACCGAACCAUCCAAUAUGGGAUACGGCCUUGGUGCUGGUUAUCUUGGAGCUGGUUUAACUGACGGUUAUGGAGCAGGUCUAGGGGCAGGUGGAUACCCACAGGGAGUUCGAGCAGGAAAGCAGAUUGGCUACAACAAUGGAUACGGCAGUGAGGUUUAUGGCACAGCAGACGGUUAUGGAGCAGGUCUUGGACUGGUAGUGAACCCCGGCCUGGGUGCUGAUGCCAAGUCUAGAAAAUAUGGGGCUGGUGGAGUUCUUGGAGCUGGAUCCUUGCCUUAUGGUGGCCAGCCUGUGGUCUCAGCUGGACUUGACCCUCAAGGCAAGGCUGGUAGUUAUGGUGGAGCUACAUACAGAGGAAUACCAACCCUUGGGGCAGACACUUCUUUGGGUGGUACAGGUGGAGCAAUGGAGCCAUUAGCAGGCGGAGCUGUAGGCCAGAUUCCUUACAACGCACCAGUCAUUGCAGCUGGGCUUGAUGCUGAUGCUGGUUAUCCUUUUGGUGCUGAGCAAGUCAGCCUGGGUGCUGAUGCUACAAAGACAGCCGCCAAAUAUGGCACUGGAUAUGCAGCUGCACUAAGUACUGGUGGUCAGGGUUCCUAUGCUGGACAGAAGGAUGGAAGCAAGCUUAGUGGCAUUUAUGGGAAUGGCUACAAAGGCUGAUUUCCAAGGCCAUGCUGUUAAACUCGUCAGUGUUUUCUUAGCCCUUUUAUGCCUAGUGUUCCUCACCGUUGUGCAGUUUCGUGACAUGUUUUGUCUGCCAUAUUGUUUUAGUGUUGGUGUUGGUGCCCAUUUGCGCGUGCAUGUUUGUUUUGUGUGUACGUGUGGUUUUGAUGUUCAUUGUUAUGUUGCUUGAUGUGUCCCCAGUCUGUUUAUUUGUCUUGUCCAGUGGAGUGUUUUAUGUCCCUUGUGUGUCUCUUUAUAACUAAAACAUGCUAAGCACUUCAUUGACUGUUAUUUUAAUUCUUAUGAAACACUAAAUAUUCCACCUCCUAA